GCGUGUCACUCAGACUGCUGAUAUAGGCCUACUGUCCAAGACCACAUGAGGCUCCUCUCACUCAGAGGGGACAUCCAGUACACCUUGCUGCAGCUUGGGCUAUGUCAUUGUGAUUCGAUUAUAGUGUCAUCGGCGCCUGGAUUCUAAUCAGUUUUGGCCUACCGUAUCUAUCGUGAGCCGGCACCACCCCCCUGCCUGCCUGGAAAGUUGCAUAAAAAUGUAUUUGAUAUUCCUUUUGUUGGUGGCAAAUGCAGUUGUGUUGUCUGGGGCUUCAGAGGACUGGUGCUAUACAGGCUGUGAAAGCUCUCCAUCCCACUGGCAUGACCAUUUUCCGAGAUGUGGAGGGGAAGAACAGUCCCCCAUCAACAUUGACACUAAAACGGUCAACAGCUUGAAAGCCCUCAACAGCUUCCAAAUGACUGGUUUUGAGAAAAAGGAUGUCAUGAAGAGACUCUCGAAUAACGGGCACUCAGUAACGUGCGAACUGGAAAGUGGGGCGGUGAAUAUCAGCGGAGGGGGUCUGCACGGCAAGUACAUGGCUGCACAGUUCCAUUUCCACUGGGGUCGAACAGACCUGAUGCACUUCCCGGGCUCAGAACACUCCAUCGACGGACACAGACUUCCAAUUGAGAUGCACAUUGUAAGUCUGAAGGAAGGCUUGAACAUGACAGAAGUUAAGAACGACUCAAGCGGUCUGGCAGUCCUAGGCUUCUUCAUUGACGAGGGAAAUGGGACUGCUGAUCAGAUUCAAGCCUGGGAUACCUUCACAAAGUUGAUCACAAAUGUUUCAAGCACGGGAGAUAAUGUGGACAUGUCUCUGAGUCUCUCCAUCAAUGACCUUUUGGGGAGUCUCAACAUGAAGGAUUACUAUCGCUACAAUGGCUCCCUGACCACCCCCACCUGCGAUGAAGUAGUGGUCUGGACUGUCUUCCCUAAGCCAAUCCGCAUCAGCAAAGACCUGAUCCAGCGCUUUGCCGGGGAAACAAGCAUCCAGGAUAACUACCGACCCCAGCAGACUCUUCACGACCGCAAGGUCUAUGCCUCCGCCAACAUGGACGUCACAAAUCCUGAGUCUGGACAUCACUGGUGCUAUGCUGGAUGUGGUGAGUUCAACAAUUACGUAGUCAUGACUGUUGAAGACCAUUGUUGUUUUUAGUUCAUAUUGUUUUCUGUUUCAAUCAUU